GAUACCACAGAUUACAUUCCAAAGCCACGCAAGAAAACAGUCCUCAAAGCCCGCUAGGCCAACUACUCACCAUGACCUCAAACAACGUCUUCCCCAGCGCCGUCUACCAGGAAGUCAAGGCAUGGAUCGCGCGUCAGGAGGAAUUUGAGGCUACGCACAAUAAACCAGCACCACUUACUCCAGCACAACGGCGAGCCCUCGAGACGCUUCGUCCCGUCCCUCUCGCUGCCCUCCCUGACAAUCUGAACUUCAUCGGCAUGCUGAAUGAAUUCUCGCAGACCGAUUCCUGGAUGGGAAAGAUACAUUACACGUCAGGUGGUAGUCCCGAGAUGUGGACGUGCACCGUAUCGAUGGGACAGGCCUUCGUCCAUGGGUCAGAAGUCAUCAAAUCCUUUCCUGCCCCAAAAUACGGCGCUGGCAAAGACGGCCAGAUCCCGACUUUUAGCAGCAAGAAGGCUGCCAAGUCACAUGCCGCCCAGUCGGCCGUGAACUGGCUGGUCGCCUCUGGGAAAAUGGACCGGAGCUUUGCGCUCACCUACUUUGGCUCCAAUGGCACACCGGCCGGCGGAGUCCAGGUCCACCAGCAGCAGCCGGCGGUCGCUGCCCCAGCACCGCAAGCGGCAGUGGUGGUUGAGAAGGAAGACAAGC